AUGCCACCGCUGCGACGCUGUCACCGCCCGCCCCCGCCGCCGUCGUCGUCGACGCCGGGCGCGCCAGUCGGGGCGCCGCCGCCCCCACCGCCCCGCAGUGCCACCGCCGCCGCCGCCGCCGCCAGCGUGGGCCGCCUCCUGCCUGCGCUACGCCUGCCUGCGGCCGCCGCCACCCUCAUGCUGCUCUUCUACUCGCAGGCGACGGACGGGGCGGCGCGCCGGCGCCGGCGGGGCCCGCGACCACCUCCUGCGCCUGGUCGACCUCUCCGCGCCGGCGCGCCCGCCGCUGCCGCCCCGUCGCCAGAAAUGACACCGCACCAGCCCCUAGAGAAAGCCGGCUAUUUGGUGUGGAGCCCCAGCUGCCAGAUCCCGCACGUGGACGCGUACGACGAGUCCAUCCGCAAGUUCCUGAAGCCCGUCGACCCCAUCGUGUGCAGCCGCGUGGCGCCGCUCACCUUCGUGGCCCCGCUGGGCGAGGAGGGCCAAGGCCACGUGCUGCGCGUCGACAAGGCCGUCGUACCGCACUACGCCCCGCGCGGCCACCGACUCACCUGCUGCUACAGCAACGUCACCCGCUUCACCACGCCGCCCGGACACAACUACACCGACCAAGCCGACAACUACUACAACAUCAGCUCCUGCAGUGAAUUUGAAAAGGAAGUAAAAUUGAAACCAGAAGAAGAAUUUAUUCUAGUCAGAUGUAACAGUUACAAAAAUGGCCAUCAAAAUGAAAAGAAGGAAGUGUAUGCAAAUAUGCAUGGAAUAGUUCCUAUAAAACCAAGUGUUGCUGAAAAGAGAAGAGAAAGGAAGUCACCUGAUGAUGAUGCCGCUCUUAAUGUUCUGAUGGUGGGUUAUGAUUCCAUGUCUCGCCUAAGUCUCUUGAGAACAAUGCCACGAACUGUUGCUUAUCUGAAGCGUGCUGGAUAUAUAGAUUUGCAAGGUUACAACAAAAUUGGAGAUAACACAUUUCCAAACAUUAUGGCUGUUUUAACUGGUAUGGAUAUGAACCAGUUAAAAGAGGGUUGCUGGCCUUCCAAAAAGACCAAGGUAGAUGAUUGCCCUCUUCUUUGGAAAGAAUUUCAUAACCACAGUUAUGUGUCAGCUUAUGCUGAGGAUGAACCAACAAUGAGUACAUUUAAUUACCAGAAGACAGGUUUUUUGAAACAACCAACAGAUUAUUAUUUCCGACCUUACAUGCUCGCUGCAUCUAAGAAACUUAAAAUUCAAAGAAGAAAUAAUCUUGAUGUGUGUAUGGGGCCAAUUUCAACAACAGAUCAUAUUUUAAGAUAUGCAUUAGAUUUUGUGACAACUUUCAAAAAUUCGUUUUAUUUUGCACUCUUCUGGAUGAAUAAUUUCAGUCAUAAUGAUAUCAAUGUUCCAGGAGCCAUGGACCUGAGAACUCUUCAAUUCUUCAAUGAGUUGGAUGGCUCUGGCACAUACAACAACACUAUAGUUAUAUUUUUCAGUGAUCAUGGAAUGCGCUUUGGAAAAAUACGCCAAACACAUGUGGGUUGGUUGGAAGAACGAUUGCCAUUUAUUUACAUAUUGCUCCCUGACUGGUUUAAAUACAAAUAUCCUGAAGCUUAUCAAAAUCUACAAACAAAUAGAAAUAGAUUAACUUCUACUUUUGACCUAUAUGUUACUUUAAAAGACGUGUUGGAAAGGGGAAUGAACUCUACUGCCGCAAGUGGAAAUGUAUCACUUGCAUGCCCUAAGUGCAAAAGUUUUUUCUCAGAGGAGUUUGGUGAUAGAUCUUGUGAUGAUGCUGGAGUAACUCCUCAUUGGUGUACAUGUACAACAUACACUGAACUAUCGGUAAAUGAUGCGAUUGUGCAAAAUGCUGCAAAGUAUGUUUUAUCUGAAAUACAAAAGAAAGUUAGAAAUUCUUUGCAGGCAGACAGCUGUGCAGAGCUUAUUAUGCACCAAGUAAUCAAAGCCAAAAAGAAGGUGCAUAUCAAUGAUCACGAUGCUGAUCAUGAUGAUUAUGUUGUAAUUUUUGAAACAUUACCAGGAGGAGGACUUUUUGAGACAACAGUGAGACAUUCUGGAAACAGUGACUUUUCUAUUUUGGGAAUGGUAAGCAGGAUAAAUUCAUAUGCUAGAGAUAGUUUCUGUGUGAAAGAUGGUGAGCUAAAAUUGUACUGUUUUUGCCUUCCCACGUGAUAACUUUGCAUGUCACAAGAAAUUUGCAUUUAAUUUAUUAAAUGAAUGUAUUUCAGUAUUACAUGAUAUAAUAAGUAUAUAUCAAGUGUCUCCUCAGUCAUACUUUAUACCGUUCAAAAGUUUCAUGGUGAUAUUUCAUUGAUACAAAUAAGAGUGAUUUUCAUGAGACAGAUUUUGAAUAAAAUUGCUUUCAAUGAAGUGGAAGAGGCAAACCAAUCCAAAAUUAAAUUAUAUAAGAUUUAUUUAUAGGUAAAAUAUCUAUAUUUUCAUUGUUAUGAUUUUGAAAGAAGUCUGUAAAUAAUGUACAGAUUGAUUAUUUUGUGUUGAUGGCAAAUAAAAGUUUCUACUUUUUUAAAUAAAAUUACCCAUUUGUUUUCAUAUUAACAAAAUCACAUUUUCCUUGUAAAUCUAAUCUCAGCAGUCUACAAUGUUGAAGCAACU